GAAAACGAAUACAAUUUUCUACUUUGUUGCUGAAAUCGCAAAUUUGCAGGAAGUUUGUAAAUAGUGAAAAGAAAAGGAAAGAAAGCAGAAGGAAAGAGAUUCGCACGCGACUUAUCAAAGUUAAUGAAAAACGCGUUGACGAGGCAAGCGGCAUUUAAAAAAAAUCCUUUGUCGUUCGUUCAAAGUACUUUGCCUUUGUCAGAUACGACACGUACCGAAUUUCAAUAGUUAAGCUAUGCGCACCCAUGGCUAACUGUUUUAUCAUCGUUGCACACCGAUAUGCGGGUGAACGCACUUCCGCCUGUUCUGAUAAGCAGCGACAUUCGAAUGCAUUCGAAAUACGCGUUACGAAAUUUGAGCGACGCAGUCUCGUGUUUCGGAUAUAGGGGCCACGGGUACCUACCUAAUUCGAUACAUGUUCAUUAACGGGAUUGUCGUUCAACGCUCAAUCGAUAUCUAUCGCGAUAAUUAACGGCCAGCAAAUAGUCAUUUUCCAACCUCGUCCAUCCACCGUUCUCUCUACUUACUCCACUCUGUGCGCAUCCAUCGAGACGCGCUUCCUCCUCAACCUACGCCCUUUCCUCUUCCCGAUCCUGUAGGUAAUGCACAACGCGAAGUCGAUAAUCUUGACAAAUGGAUGUUUGUAGCGUGGGACUGGAGAACAUUGGUUCCCUGAUACUGCGAAUGUCAGGUCCCAUCGAGCCACGGUUGAUCGUUGCGCCUCGAGUACGAACGUUUUGUACGUGUUACCGAUAAAUUCUCUUUGAGACAGAAAUUGAAAGGAACAGAGCCGGAUCGUCGUACAAUGUUUCAAGAGCCACGCGUGUUCCGACUAUAUGCAAUUGAACAAAGAUCGGAACAUCUGUUGGGAUAUUUAUGGAUUCCUCCCGUGCAACUGUAAACUUUCGAUGAAUUGUCAUAUCGCGGACCAAGAGAAAGAGAAAGGGAGAGAAAGAAAGAAAAAGAGCAUCUGUUUGUAUCGUAAAUCGUACCUAAAACUUUGGAAACUGUUUUCAAAUUUGUGAAAAAUUGUAAUUCUGUAACAUCCAAUUUCUCUAACCAUUGCUGGAUGAGAUGGAUGAGAAUUGUAAAAAUUAAAUUCGUUGAUUGGCAAUUACUUCUUUACCUACACGUUCUCUGUUGUGCCACGUGAAUACAAAUUUCAAGAGACUUUUUGGGAUUACGCGCGACAGUAGUUGGGUGGUCUACGUCCCGACAGGAUUUCGUCGCGCAUGCGUACGUUGCCCGCAAACUCCUACACGCGUACAGCGUCGUCUACGAAGAUGGAAGUUGGAGCGUAGAGUCGCCGCGAAUUUGUCGGCCGCCUCAGUCGCGUUCGGCGCGUCGUACGAGCAAGUGCGUUCUCGUUCGUUCUCACCCUGUUUCCGUAACCCUGGCAGUUCUUCUCUCGAUCCUCUUCCGCUUCCUCCUUCUCAAUCUACUUCGUUAAAGCUCUAUCUUUUUCCCCGCGAUCUUUACACAGUCGCCGAUCGAAACGAAACGGCAAUCCGCGAAACAACGUAACCGGAAGGAUAAUCAAAAAUGAAUCACAUUUAAAAGAUCGACAUAAGGAUUUUCGUCGAAGACAGCAGCAAUAUCAAUUAACAGAGCCCCGAACGGCAGAGAUUCAAUGCGAACGUUUGAUCGUUCGACUGAUACGAUAUGUCAUUAGGAAAAGAAUCGAUCGGCAGAGUUGAUCGUCCCUUUCAUUUCCUCGGAAUUCUCAUUCCAGUGCCUCUCUAUAGUAAACGCAAAGACGAACUUUUGCGAUCACAACCGAUGCCAUUGAAUCGAGUAUUUUCCUGCUUAAUCGAGCCGGAAAACAGUGUCGCUUCGUUUCGAACGGACAAACAAAGUAUCGAAAACGAACAAGUUACCCCAAGCAGAAUCCCUUCGAAUGCUUCUUCCGUUGUUCGUGCAGAUAUAUCGAGCGGGCGACGACGGUGGAAGAAGAAUAAUGCGCGAGAAUCACGUUGUAUCGUAAUUGAAAAUCCAGUGGACGAGAUAGAAAUCGUGUUCGGAGGUAAAAAACCAAAGAGGGACAUCGGUCGCGCAACGGCGAAGGGGCAACGAGAUGAAGUCAUCGGACGCUUAGCCAGAGAUCGGCUGGAAGCCAUGAAUUUUUCGUUGCGGUUUCAUCGAGUAAAAACUUGAAUCGCGAAUAAAAUCGCGGUGAAGAGGAACAGCACGAUCGCAAAGCGUUCGCGAACGACAUGUCCGAGGAAGAAACGGCAGAACGGGCCGAUCGUAAUAAAACGUUCGAGAUAGACAGGCCAAUUCAGAGGAAUCGUACGGGGGACCUGCCGGAAUUCUUCAACGUCACUCCACUCGAUGUCAACGCGACGAACGAGAUCGACUCAUUCUACUUCUACGAGACGGAACAAUUCACGGUCUUGUGGCUGCUGUUCGCGAUGAUAGUCGUCGGGAAUAUCGCGGUGCUAAUUGGCCUGCAGUGGGGGAAACGGCGUAAGACGCGCAUGGAUUUUUUUAUCAAACAGCUAGCGUUUGCGGAUUUAUUGGUAGGCCUGAUAUCCGUGCUAACGGAUAUAAUUUGGAGAACGACGGUGACCUGGCACGCGGGCAACGUUGCCUGCAAACUGAUAAGGUUCAUGCAAGCCGUCGUUACGUACAGUUCUACAUACGUACUUGUCGCAUUGUCGAUCGACAGAUAUGACGCCAUUACCAGACCCAUGAAUUUCACCGGCAGGUGGUGGAGAGCCAGGGCUCUGGUGGUAGCUGCCUGGGGCUUGUCGGCAUUGUUUAGCGUGCCGAUUAUUUUCCUGUACGAGGAAAAACGCAUACAGGGGAAGACACAAUGCUGGAUAGAUCUGGGAUCUCCUAUGCAAUGGAGGAUCUACAUGAGCCUGGUCAGCUUUACCCUCUUUAUAGCCCCUACUCUGAUAAUAGGAGGCUGUUAUGCCGUGAUCGUAGCUACUAUAUGGUCGCAAGGAGGGGCAUUACGUCAGGGACCUACUCGAGACACCAGGAGAGCAUCGUCCCGAGGACUCAUUCCCAGGGCUAAAGUUAAGACGGUCAAAAUGACCCUCGUUAUAGUGUUCGUAUUCAUUCUUUGUUGGAGCCCGUACAUAGUGUUCGAUCUGCUGCAAGUUUACGGAUACGUGCCAGAGACCCAGACUAACAUCGCCGUGGCCACUUUCAUUCAAAGUUUAACACCUCUGAAUUCAGCGGCGAAUCCGAUUAUAUACUGUCUCUUCAGCACGUCGUUUUGUAAAACCGUACGGAACAUACAGGCGAUCUCGUGGGUUUCUGGAUGGUGUGCAACAAAUCCCCAUCAUUGUUUCGGCACCGGUGCUCCGAACAGCAGCACCAGGACAACGGUAACGACGUCGUUGACGGCGCAGUCUUCGAGAAGAAGCGGGCACAUCGCCAUGCUACACUCCACCACCAGGAAACGUGUUAUGGUGUCUCUGGUUUAAGGGACGAACGAUGGGAACUGCAUCUAGAAUUCAUAUUAGAUAUACGUAGAAUUCUUCCGCCUAACAGCUCCUGUUGAGCUUCGACAAAGAGGCCACAGGUAUUACGAGUCUCCGAAAUUAUGUUCGAUACCUCGUCCACGUUUCUCGAAUCGCGGCACGCGAAUCUUUGAAUCAUCAUAGAACUCUUUUUUCUCUUCUCCUCGAUUCUUUAUCUCUUCUUCGUCGAGAAAUGAAAUUGGCUCUCGUUAUUACAAUACAAAGUACAAUCUACGUGUUAUGUAACGAAUAUUAGAAUCAUAAUUUAGGAGACCGCGGAGAAAUGUGAAUAAAAUAAGUUUUUUAUUCCCGCAUUUACGUGAUCAGUAUUUUAGGCGAGAUCGUGCACGGUCCUCAUAUUUUUCAUCCUCCAAGCGAAACGUAACACAUCUUAUUAAUGAAAUUCUCAAAAUGUCAAAGUUGUUCCGAAUUGCGGUAUUUGUACAAGAAAUUUACUAACGGCGGCAAACGAAGGCCGAAUAGCGAGAUACGGCUCUACGACCGACCGAGGAAUAUCAUUUCGUUAAAUAAACUCCGAUUUAAUGAAGCCGUUCGUCAAGUUUCAGGAGGAUGAAAGGAACAUUAACCUGGCAAUUGAUCCAGCCUAUGUGGAAAAUGAUACGCUCAAAGUAUACAUGUACAUAUAUACAUAGCGAAUGAACGGCAGCUUCAUGUGUAUAUACAUAUGCACGUUUUACAGUCGCGUACGCACACACCUAUACAUAUUUGCACGCAGGCCAGAUACACACGUACACACGUGAAACCAUAAAUGUGUAAUAUAUUCAUGUAUUCCAUCCGUUCGCGAUCGACGCGAAAACGCUCAGCCCUUGAGGUGGGCUAUUUUGUUAGCGAUCUACGGGAACGAUAAAUCGCUACCAGCAGGACAAUUCUUCGUAUCGAUUCGCAUCUCUACAAGCAACACAGUCGUGCAACAAAUUCAUCUUUGUACCUUCGAGCGAUCGCGAACUUCUCUAUUGUGAACACUCUAUCAAGCACUAGAAUGAAACUGCUGCAAUGAAAACAGCUUCGUUCGAACAUGCGAAAAGAUUUACCGUCCAUGAAUCGGAACGGGAAGAUUUAAUUGUUUAAUCGACCACUUGAACUUUCGUACUAUGUAUUGUGUUUCAAGGUUGAAAAGCCCUUUUAUAACGCAGUUAGAUGUUAUGAACACGCUACGUUUAGAUACCAGUAGAUGAAGCUGUAUUCGUAAUUCGUCUAUUCGUUAUUUAUUGUACUCUAUUAAGAGAAGAAGGAACAAGAAUAAAGAAUAAGUUAUGAGAGAUAACGUGUCGCUACGUCUUCUCACGAUAUGAAUAUUUUCACUGUGCGCAAAGUUUGUACAUACUGUCGAAUAAACUCGCGCAGAAUGCGCCGAGUAUACGUAUAAUCUUUUCCUUAAUUUCUCUAUUACUUUUACAGUUCCUGACCAUCGAAUUAGAGCCACGGGUAGAAAACUUUACUUCUCUAACUGCAGCGUAUCAUAUGAACAUAUAUGUAUUCAGUUGAAUAAAUGAGAAAUUGCUGUAUGCCAUCCAAAUUACGUAGGCGAUCAUGCGUAUGAAUAUAUAUGAUUUGUUGCUGUUACUAUAUCCUAUCGAAGGACAUCCACGUAUACUCAUAUAAUAUCCCAUAAAGACAAAAUUCAGAAUAUUUAUCAAAACAAAACGACAUAAAAGUAGCGCAUACGGUGCGUGCUAGAAAGACUAUGAGACGUAGCCAAAACGAAGAGAGGAAACAUCAAUUACUAACAUGUAUGUAUAUAUAAGACCUUAGUAAUUAACAAAACUUGCUAGUAGAAUUCGCCCAUGAAUCCGAAAUAUAACAGAAAAGUGAAAACUAUUGGAAGUUGUGAGUAAUCCUAAUUCGAUGAUCGGAGAUCGUAAAUAUCACUAUACUCGGUGUAAAUGUCGUUUUGAUCGUAAUGUCGAUUUAAUAACAAUUAUUUAUUGUACUCUGUUAGAAAAGGAGAAACAGAACUACGGCUUCUUAUGACAUUCAUAUUUUCACUGCAGACAAAAUUUGUACAUACGUAUCGUCGAAUAAACUCGUCCAUAAUACCCA